AUGCCGAAGAGGAAAACUCGUCAACUGGAGCAGAAGCACAUAAAUCUUCUUGCGUCGCUGGAUCGUUGUGAGGAGUUUGCUGAACGAUGCCAUCCCGAACGCGACAGAUGUGAAAUUAAACUACGACUUGACAACUUGGAUGAAAUAUGGGCAACUUUCGAAGAAGUGCAAACUGAUAUCGAGAGUCACGAAGAACACCUGCAAGCUGAGGCUCAUCAAAUGGCCACACGGGAAAAAUUCGAAUCUAAAUACUUUCGAGUAAAGGGAGCGCUGCUUGCUAAAGUGCCGGAUACACCACACAACGCUAACCGUGAUGCUAAUCAACCACCCAACGCAUCGCAUCUUUCAGGAGUCAAACUACCAACCAUUACCCUACCAGAAUUCGACGGGAAUUACGACCAGUGGCUCACAUUUCAUGAUACGUUCAUUGCACUUAUUCAUUCCUCAGCUGAAAUAUCAACGGUGCAAAAAUUCCACUACUUACGCGCAGCUGUUAAGGGCGAAGCAGCUCAGCUAAUCGAGUCUCUCACUAUCAGUGCGAUGAACUAUCCCGUAGCGUGGCAAAUUUUGGUCGAUCGUUAUUCGAACAGUUAUCUGUUGAAAAAGAAGCAUUUGGCAGCAAUGCUGGACUACCCUAAAAUGAAGCGAGAGUCGGCUAAUGCACUGCAUGGACUAAUAGAUUCAUUCGAAAGGCAUAGCAAGGUUUUAAAACAACUGCAAGAACCGGUGGAUAGUUGGAGCACAAUUAUGGUACAUUUACUCUGUGCACGUUUAGACGACGCCACUAUAAAAAUCUGGGAGGAUCAUGCAUCAACUAUACCAGAACCGAAUUACAGCACACUUAUCGAGUUUUUGCAGCGCAGAACUCGUGUUCUCGAAUCUCUCUCAGUGAAUACUACGCACAGUAUGCAUUCGACGCCGCCGCCGCCGCAGCAGUCUCCCUUCUCUUUCAAACGUCCCAUUUCUGGAAAGGUGUAUACUCACGCUGCCUCUGAUAAUCGAAAUUCCAACUGUGUAGCUUGUUCCCAAAGCCAUCGUCUAGUGGAGUGCCCUGAAUUUCCAAAAAUGCCACUGGAAAAACGAUUAGAUUUGGUUAAUUCAGCACGUUUAUGUAGCAAUUGCUUUCAUUCAAACCAUUUCGUAAAAAAUUGCCUGUCCAAGUUUCGCUGUAAAACCUGCAAAGGAAAACACCAUACUAUCAUUCAUCCCGGAUUCGCUGGUUCUAAUACGACGUCUAACGUAACGACAUUAACAUCGCAAGAACACGUAGUUUCUCAACACGAAAAUGCUACACCUUCGACAUCGACCAUCGUCAACUCGGCGACGAUUGGAUUUAACACUUUUCUUAUGACGGCGGUAGUAAAGGUAGUCGAUGUGUACGGAAAUGAAAUCUUGGCCCGUGCUAUGUUGGACUCCGGAUCAAUGUCAAACCUUAUGUCGGAGAGAUUGGCUCAAAUGUUGCGUAUAAAGGCCCGUAAAGCAGAUAUAAAUGUUCACGGUAUCGGAGCAGAUGUAGUGAAAUGCAGUCGUACUGUCUCAACGGAAAUUCGUUCCAGAUUAACAGAUUUUGCUGUAAAGCUGGAGUUUUUGGUACUUCGAAAGGUGACUUCAAAGCAGCCGAUUGGGAACAUGUGUACGAAAACGUGGAAUAUACCGGAUUCAAUUACAUUGGCUGAUCCUGGAUUCAAUAUUCGUGGUGAAGUAGAUCUAAUUCUGGGAAUUCAACAUUUUUUCGCUUUCUUCCCCACGAGUCAUUCAUUAAACCUGGGACGUGAUUUGCCGCUGCUAGUGGAAACUGUUUUCGGUUGGGUUAUUUCUGGUUCUGCAUCCCUUCAGCCGCAUUCGCGAAUCAUUAGUUCAAACGUGGCUGCAAUCGAAAAUUUGGACAGUUUAAUUGAGCGAUUUUGGGAGGUGGAAGAGCUGACUGAUCGCAAACCGUGGUCGACAGAGGAAGAAGAUUGUGAUAAUCUGUACAACGACACAACCACCAGAAACGAGCAAGGUCGAUACGUUGUGAAAUUACCGAAAAAACCUAUGUUUGAGCGUAUGAUGGGCGAUUCGAAAUCAUCGGCGUUGCACCGUUUUCAGCUCCUUGAAAAACGUCUGGAGAAAGAUGAAUCACUGAAGGUCGCGUAUCAUGAUUUCAUGAAUGAAUACAUUAACCUGCAGCACAUGGAACUCGUCUCGAACGACAUGCUUGACACCAAAAAAUGCUUCUACUUGCCACAUCAUCCUGUGCUGAAAGCCUCAAGCACCACGACUAAAUUGAGAGUGGUGUUCGACGGUUCGGCGAAAAUGUCAUCUGGAUACUCUUUAAACGAUACACUCCAGAUAAUAGUGCACCCCGAUGAUAGACCCCUUCAGCAAAUCCUAUGGAGAUUUCAUCCGUCUGAACCGAUUCGGACUUAUCAACUCUGCACCGUUACUUACGGGCUUGCACCAUCAUCCUUCUUGGCAACGAAAACGCUAUUGAGACUCACUGAAGAUGAGGGACACCAGUAUUCAAGGGCUGCUCCGCUGGUUUCACAAGGUUAUUAUAUGGACGACUUCAUUGGAGGUGAUGAUACAGUCGAAGGUGCUAUUGCUCUACGAAAGGAGAUGAGUGAAUUGAUGGCGAAAGGAGGUUUUAUAUUACGCAAAUGGUCAUCCAACAGGCUAGCAGUCUUGGAUGGAUUACCUCCAGAUCAAGUUGGUACACAAUCGACAAUAAAAUUCAAUCCUGGCGAAAGGAUAAAAACUUUGGGCAUAAUAUGGGAGCCCGAGACUGACUGCCUAAGGUUCGACGUUAACAUCAAAGAAAAGGCGGGUCCGUUGACAAAACGAAAAAUUCAGUCCUGCAUCGCUCAACUUUUCGACCCGUUAGGUUUGAUAUCUCCGAUUGUAGUAGCGGCGAAAAUAAUUAUGCAACGGCUGUGGUUAAUUCCUAUAGGAUGGGAUGACGAAGUGACAAACGACCUAAAGGAAAUAUGGGAGGAAUUUCGGGCUCAGCUUAACCAGCUAUCAACAUUCACAAUCGAUCGGUUUGUGCUACUUUCGGAUGCUAAAUCAAUCCAACUUCAUUGUUUUGCGGAUGCAUCGAAGGUCGCAUACGGAUGCUGCAUUUAUGCACGGACGGAAGAUAAACGCGGCAUGGUAAAGGUUCAACUUAUCUCAGCAAAAUCUAGAGUCGCUCCAUUGAAACGGUUAAGCAUCCCUAGACUGGAGCUGUGCGCCGCCCAGCUCGCAUCCCGGUUAUAUAACAAGGUAACACAAGCACUAGGACUAGAAUACCAUUCGGUUCACUUUUGGUCGGACUCUACAGUAGUCCUAAAUUGGCUUCAAUCUCCACCCUACACCUGGAAAACCUUUGUUGCCAACAGGGUUAGCGAAAUUCAAACGACCACACGGAACGUUGGGUGGAAACACAUCCCAGGACUCCAGAAUCCUGCGGAUAUGGUAUCAAGGGGAAUGCGUGUCAACGACUUUGUCCAAAGCACAUUAUGGAAAAACGGUCCCAACUGGCUAUGCAAAUCGGAGGAAGUAUGGCCGCAAGAAACGGCAUUUGAAAAAAUUCCUGAGGAUAUAAUGGAAAGGGAAACGGUGGUGGCUGUGGUUUCGAAUAUGGAAAGGCACAAUUCAAUAUUCACCCGCUAUUCCAACUAUAACAAACUUAUUCGCAUCGUGGCAUGGUUACAACGCUUUCGGAAUAAUUGUCAUUUACGGCGUAUUGGUGAAAAUCUACUCUUAGCACCCACACUAACGGUGAAGGAACUGGAAUCGAGCAAAACCCAGCUCAUUAAACUGGUACAAUCUGAAUCAUACUCCGAGGAAAUAAAGGCGUUGCAGACUGGAAACCUUGUUUCAUCCCGGUCAUCUAUUCGAACUUUGAAUCCAUUUUUAGAUGAAAUAAACAUGCUACGCGUUGGGGGCCGUCUGCAACUCUCCGAUGAACCUUACGAUACCAAACAUCCAAUAUUGCUGCCUGGUGAUCAUCCCUUUACUAAGCUUCUCGUCCAGCGGUAUCAUCAUCAACUCCUUCACGCUGGACCUCGUUUGAUGUUAGCAGUUAUUCGUGAACACUACUGGCCAGUAAAUGGAAGGCGACUACUACGGGGCAUCGCUAGACGCUGCUACAACUGUACUCGAGCACAACCGGCACCGGUAAGGCAACCCAUGGGACAAUUUCCAGCUUUGCGAGUAACACCGAGCAGAGCAUUUACCAACACGGGGGUUGAUUACUGCGGCCCAAUCUAUCUUCGUUCUCCACAUCGAAAGGCAUUUCCUACGAAAGCAUACAUUUCGGUAUUUGUGUGUUUUAGCACCAAAGCGGUACAUCUCGAGUUAGCUGGAGACUUAUCGACCGCAACCUUCAUGUCAGCACUGCGCAGAUUUAUAGCUCGUCGAGGAAAACCUGCAAAUAUAUUCUCUGAUAAUGGAAAAAACUUUAUCGGAGCACGGAAUGAACUUCACGAAAUCUACACACGGCUGCAUACUCAAACGGAAUUAAACAAAAUCAUCGACGAGUGUGCAUCAAAAGGAAUCUCAUGGCAUUUAAUCCCCCCUAAGGCUCCAAAUUUUGGCGGACUGUGGGAAUCCGCAGUCAAGAUAGCAAAGCAACACCUUUACCGGCCGCUUCGCAAUUCACUUCUCAGCUACGAGGACACGGUAACUAUCCUGGCACAGGCAGAAGCCUGUAUGAAUUCUCGGCCACUGAUUCCUUUAUCGGACGACGUAAGCGACCUAUCGGCAUUAACACCCGGUCACUUCUUGAUUGGUUGUUCUCUUCAUGCACUACCGGAUCGAGAUUUGCGAAACAUCCCUCUAAAUCGGCUAAACAGAUUCCAGCGGCUGCAACAAAAAACACAACAAUUCUGGCAUAUGUGGCGAAACGAGUACUUAAAGGAACUGCAACGGGAUUCCAAGCCUUUUAGAGUACGUGGAGUGCCAAUCAAGGUGGGCACAAUGGUGAUUCUGCGCGACGACUCUCUGCAUCCAACAAAAUGGCCUCUGGCACGAAUAAUUGAGGCAAAACCAGGUAUCGACGGAGUAAUACGCGUGGUUCUCGUGCAAACAAUUAGCGGAAUCUUCAGACGACCGGUAUCACAAAUUUGUCUCCUUCCUGCGGAUGAUCAGCAACCUCUUCUGCAGCAGUCGUCAGCAAUUAGCGGAGAAACAACGGAAAAUGAACAAAAUUAG